UGUCAAAGACAUGAAUGGAAUCAAUUGGGCUUGAGGUUCUGAGUGGAACUCUGGUAUAAAGUCAUUUGGGAAUCAGAACUAGCAGAUCUCUGAUGUUCUUUGGGUCUGAAAAUUGGUGGCAACUGAUGAGACUGAAGGUCUCAUGACAAAAUGGAAAAUUCUACUAAACCAUUUCCUUUGGUCACUGGGCCCAUCUAUUUCUUUGAUCAGAUGAAACCAAAAAUAAAAAAGUGGGAAAAGAGAGAACAAGACCGUCAGGACUCCUUAAUAUCUUUGCCUAGUCACAGGAAAAGCACAAAAUAUGAAGUGGGAGAAGAAGCAAGAGAAUCUGUGGUAACAACAGCUGAGGACGAAGAUGACUCGUAUGCCUACUCACACAUUUUGAGUGUGUCUAGAAUGUCUGGUAGCCUAAAAAUCACCAAAACAUGUCAACAGGGUUAUCUAUUUAAAGAACACAAACUCAUGGCUGCUGAAUUACUGCGUGAUCUUGGGGAGAUGUUUCAGACAUAUGCUGACUAUAACUUUACUUUCCCGGUGGGAGUUGCAAAUCUUGUGAGUUACAGUUGGUAUGAUCUUACUGAAGGCAGUACUGUGGCUGCAGUCAGAAAGUCAACACUGAAGAUAAAGGAUGCCAUGAAAAGAGAUUACAAUUCCAUUUCCUUAGUUAGCUGCAACACCCGUGUGACUGCAGGAGAAAGUUAUUCUGAGGAAAACUAUCUGAUGAAAGUAAAAAGUGACAGCCUUAGCACAUCAAGUAAACCUAUGGAAAAAGCAUUUCUUGUUGGCCAAAGCCAGCAGUCCCAGAAUUCCCAUAGUAUUGGUGUACCUGUGGUCAUACACUUUUCACUAUCAUCCAAGAAAUGUUUAGAAAAUGGUUGGAUCUCUCAAAAUCCCAGCCCACCAGUGGACAUUCUGAUGUGGAAGACAACACUCAAUACUGCUGUGAAGAAACUACAAGUAGCAUUAAGUCAAAUAAAAGAAGAAGAAGAAAGGCUGAAGAAAAAGGGAUUCAACAAACAACUUAUCCUAAAUCACUAUACUGACACUGAAGUCACAGUGAAAGAGAGAUGUAACCCCCAAAUGACCCCAUGCUUCUGGCUGGAGCUGCUGAAGAGGAAGCCUCAGAUGCCAACGGUCAAAACAGAUAGCGCAGAUGUUAAGAAGUUUCAUUACGCCCUGCUUGAUGGCUCUUCUCUGACCUAAUAUCCUUGUGAAAUGCUGUGAGAAGAAGGAUGGAGGGGGCUGAGUGUAAUGAAAGGGGCUAGGAGAUUUCAGCAGAAAAAUCUUAAGACACACUAU